UAACAUUAUAUGAUUGUGUCAUUUCAUUUUUCGUGACAAAUAAAUCUUAUUUGGAAAUCUGAAUUUCUGUUUUCUUAAAAAUUUACGCAUUAAUUGAUUUCCUGUAUUGUUUUUAAAGUGUUUGGGAAAAAAAAUAACCAAUUUGCUAAUGGUGAAAACUUACAAUGGCUUCCUCUAACACUCUACAAAAAGCAAUCGACCUUGUCACAAAAGCUACAGAAGAAGAUAAAAACAAAAACUAUGAGGAGGCCCUACGUCUCUAUGAACAUGGAGUUGAAUACUUCUUGCAUGCUGUUAAAUAUGAGGCCCAAGGUGAACGGGCUAAGGAAAGUAUUAGAGCCAAAUGCCUUCAGUAUUUGGAUAGAGCUGAAAAACUAAAAGAGUACCUAAAGAAGGACAAAAAGAAAAAGCCUGUGAAGGAUGGUGAGUCCAAGAGUGAAGACAAAAAGAGUGACAGUGACAGUGAUUCAGAUGAUCCCGAGAAAAAGAAAUUACAGGGGAAACUUGAGGGUGCUAUUGUUGUUGAGAAACCGCAUGUUAAGUGGAGUGAUGUUGCCGGCCUCGAAGCAGCAAAGGAAGCUCUGAAGGAAGCUGUUAUCCUGCCUAUUAAGUUUCCCCACUUGUUUACAGGCAAAAGAAUACCUUGGAAGGGCAUCCUUCUUUUUGGGCCUCCUGGUACAGGUAAAUCUUAUCUAGCUAAAGCAGUUGCUACUGAAGCAAAUAAUUCUACAUUCUUUUCAGUUUCUUCUUCAGAUCUUGUAUCUAAAUGGCUUGGUGAAUCAGAGAAGUUGGUCAAGAACCUAUUUGAGCUUGCUCGUCAACACAAGCCGAGUAUCAUUUUCAUUGAUGAAAUAGAUUCUUUAUGUUCAUCACGUUCCGACAAUGAAUCUGAAUCCGCCAGGAGGAUUAAAACUGAAUUCCUUGUACAAAUGCAGGGUGUAGGAAAUGAUAUGGACGGUAUCUUAGUUCUGGGCGCCACUAAUAUACCAUGGGUUCUUGAUGCUGCGAUUAGACGACGUUUCGAGAAACGUAUUUAUAUUGCUCUGCCAGAGGAACAUGCUCGAUUGGACAUGUUCAAGCUUCAUCUAGGAAACACAAAACACAUGUUGACUGAGCAAGACAUGAAAGUCUUGGCUGCAAAAACUGAAGGCUAUUCUGGAGCUGAUAUAAGCAUUGUAGUGAGAGAUGCUUUAAUGCAGCCAGUCCGUAAAGUGCAAUCUGCAACACAUUUCAAGAAAAUUUCUGGGCCUAGUCCUAAAGAUCCUAAUCUCAUUGUGAAUGAUCUUUUAACACCAUGCUCUCCUGGUGAUCCCGGGGCUAUGGAGAUGACUUGGAUGGAGGUACCUGGUGAAAAAUUGGGUGAACCUCCAGUUACAAUGUCAGACAUGCUUCGAUCGCUAGCCACGUCUAAGCCUACCGUCAAUGAUGAUGACAUGGUUAAGUUGAAGAAGUUCAUGGAUGACUUUGGUCAGGAAGGUUAAAAAUAAUGUUUAAAGUUAUUGAGCACUUAAAUAAUUUGUAUCACAUGUUGAAAUAAUUACUGUUAAGCUCCUGAAUGUAACUAGCAAAAUGUAUGAAUUUUAUUUUACGCUUCACAUGAUGAACUGGGGUUUGACAAAAUUACUUUUUUAAUUUUCGAUUACCACUUGGCAAAGAAAAAUGGUGGUUGAAUUACAAUCGGAAGCAAAUCUAGACAUGCAUUGCGACCUCGGAUGU